GCCGACAUCAUUAUAUUACUGAAAAGUUAUGUCCAAAAACAGUCUGUACUCAAACUCAGAACCCUAAAACAAAGACCUCUCUUGAGAUCUGCUGGAAAAAAGCUAGGUUAUGAGCUUGCUGCAUUCACAUUUUCUACUAAUGUGACAAAAUUUGACCUGGUUUCAUGUUUUUCUACCCCUCUAUGGUACUCCCACUAUCAUGUUGAGAUGCCAAGUCCCACAAAGAACCCACCUGGUUUCAUGAUUUGAGCUACUGAAGUGUUUCUUGCAGAUGAUCACCUCAAGCACUAAUUGAGCACCAGAGAUUAGAUGGCACUCUGCUUUCUCCCAAAGUCAGCAUUACUGUGUUAUUGGAAACUCAUCAUUCUCAUCCACUUCCUUCAACAGGAAGCUCUGAUAUGGCUGCAAUUUCCUGGUUGAGCCACCACUUUGAUUCCACAAACUACAAUAUCUUGGAUCACAUAAUUAUUACUACUUGGAAAGGCUUGCAGUCAACCAUAUCUCAUCCUGUUAAAGAGAUGAUGCAUAGCUACAUAUCAUGCACUGGUAAGCAUGAUACAGUUCAUGGUGAUGAAGCAUGCCAUCUUUCUCCUCCUCCUCCAAAACAUUGCCGCGGCCGAACACCACCGCCUCCUGCCUAACCGGCAGCAGCCAAUCCAGCAGGAGAAAGCUGCCCUCUUGGCCUUCAAGAGCUCGCUCACACUGCAGUCCCAACUGGCUCUCCCAAACUGGAACGAGACCACCGGAGUUUGCCAGUUUGUGGGCGUCAGAUGCAACCGGCGGCAUCUCCAUGUCAAGUACCUCGUCCUCCGCGGCCAGGUCAUCUCCGGCGCCCUCUCACCGGUCCUCGCCAACCUCACCGGCCUUGACACGCUGGACUUGUCGGAGAACCACCUCACCGGGCACAUACCGCCGGAGAUUUCCUACUUGAGAAACCUCACCAUCCUCGAUCUCUCGGGGAACCUGCUAAACGGUACGAUUCCUCCGUCACUCGCCUACCUCACCAAGCUCGGCUACCUCAACAUCCGCAGCAACAAGCUCGCAGGGCAGAUUCCAGACGCCAUCUUCCACAAUUGCACUGACUUGGUUGUCGUCGACCUCUCCAACAAUGCUCUGUUUGGUGAGAUCCCAUCGGAAGUGGGAACGGGUCUUCAAUAUCUGCUCUUCCUCAAUCUCUACAUGAACGAUUUGACGGGACGAUUACCUCCGUGGCUUUCGAACUCGUCGCGCCUGCUUCAACUGGACGUGGAGAACAACAACCUUUCAGGUGAGCUGCCCACCGAGACAGUGCGGGGAAUGAGUGAACUCGAAGUCCUUCACUUGUCUCACAACAAUCUGCUAAGUCAUGACAGCAACACUAACCUCGAGCCCUUCUUCUUAGCUCUCUCCAACUGUUCCCACCUCCAGGAGCUUGAGAUGGCAGGGCUCGGUGUUGGUGGAUCGUUGCCACCCAGGAUCGGUGAGGGUAAGCAGAAUCUGUCCAUCGUCAACAUGGAAGACAACAUGAUCUCCGGCCAAAUCCCUCCUGACAUCUCAAACCUCUCCAACCUGACCCUGUUGAACCUGUCGAGCAACCUUCUAAAUGGGACGCUCCCAAAGGAGAUCUGGCAGCUCCCGAAGCUGGAGAGAUUGUUUCUGUCCUGCAACUUCUUCGUCGGGUUUAUUCCCUCCGAGAUCGGAGGUCUCGUCUCGGUUGGUCUGCUUGAUCUGUCAGACAACAUGCUCGCUGGUGAAGUACCGAGCAGCAUCGGAAACCUUGUUCGGAUCAGUGAACUGUACCUUCACAAGAACCAGCUCUCUGGAUCGAUACCUGCAACACUCGGGCGAUGCAUGAGCUUGAACAAGCUGGACCUGUCGUAUAAUAGAUUGACAGGGAGGAUUCCCCCGGAAGUAUCAGGCAUUGCGAAGAUAUACUUCAACCUGUCGAACAACCAGCUGCGGGGGCCUCUUCCGGCGGAGCUGGGCAAGAUGGAUCAGGUGCAAGAGAUCGAUCUGUCCGCGAACAAGCUCGCCGGCGAGAUCACCUCCCGGCUCUCGUCUUGUGCUGAGCUGAGGCUGAUCAAUCUGUCACAUAACCACCUCAGAGGACAGCUUCCGACCGCACUUGGUCAUCUCCAAAACCUCGAGACGCUUGAUGUUUCCUUCAAUUACUUGGAUGGGGAGAUCCCGUCGAGCCUUAACGGGUGCGCCGGUCUCACCGUGCUGAAUCUUUCGUACAAUGACUUCAAUGGAUCGGUGCCCACCGGUGGAGUCUUCUCGUCGUUCACCGACCUCUCCUAUCUCGGAAACCCUCACCUCUGCGGGUCGGUUGUCGGAAGGACCUGCCCUCGACGCCGACGAUGGUCUAAUUCUCGCAAGUUCUUGAUAGCUGUGGCCGUCGGCGCUUCGGCGGUGGCGUUUGUGCUGACAGUAUGCUGUGUGAUGGUGGUUAGAAAGAUCAGAGGCAUGGGCAUAGGGAGGACAGGGGAUGGUUUUGGUGGUUCAUCGCCGGUAGUCAGGUCGAGCUACCCUCGGAUCAGCUACCGGGAGCUUGUGGCGGCGACGGAGGAGUUCGAUCAGGGAAGACUGGUUGGGUCGGGAAGCUAUGGGCAUGUUUACAGAGGAGUCCUGAGAGAUGGAACCGUUGUUGCAGUGAAGGUGCUGAACCUGCAAGCGGGUAACUCCACGAGGAGCUUCAACAGAGAGUGCCAAGUUCUGAAGAGGAUCAGGCAUCGGAACCUGAUGAGGAUCAUUACGGCGUGCAGCCUGCCGGACUUUAAGGCGUUGGUGCUGCCGUUCAUGGGGAACGGCAGCCUGGAGAGCCGCCUCCAUUCGGGCUCUGCCGAGCUGAGCUUGAUUCAGAGGGUGAACGUCUGCAGUGACAUCGCGGAAGGGAUGGCCUACUUGCACCACCACUCUCCAGUGAAGGUGAUCCACUGCGAUCUGAAACCCAGCAACGUGCUUCUCAACGAUGACAUGACCGCCUUGGUCUCUGACUUCGGGAUUGCAAGGUUGGUGAUGAGUGUCGGAGUUGGGAACACGGCGGAGAACACCGGGAGUUCCACCGCCAACAUGCUCCGUGGCUCCAUUGGCUACAUUGCUCCAGAAUAUGGAUAUGGAUCGAAUGCGUCAACGAAGGGGGAUGUGUACAGCUUCGGCGUGGUAGUGCUGGAAGUGGUCACCGGAAGGAGACCCACCGACGAGAUGUUCGAGGGCGAGAUGAGCAUGCACGGGUGGGUGAAGAGCCACCACCACGGCCGCGCGGCGGCAAUCGUCGAUUCCGCGCUGGCGAGCGAGGUGCGGCGGCAGAUGCCGGAGGUGCAGAUAAUGUGGGAGGCCGCCAUCGGAGAGCUGCUGGAGCUGGGCCUGCUGUGCAGUCAGGAGAGCCCAUCGUCCAGGCCGACGAUGAUGGACGCCGCCCACGACUUGGGUCGGCUGAAGCGGUCUCUCGCCGGCGACACCACCACCGCCACCUUCGCCUCCUCUCUUGGCCUCUCGUCCUCCGUCUUUGGGGAGACGAGCAUGUCCAACUUCGGCGACUAGAUCAUUGAAUUCCUCAGAGCAAACACAAUUCCUCUCCCUGUAAAAGGAGGUCAGCUAAUUUGAUCAUAAUGUGAUUAC